AUGUCUCGUUUUGGUAGGAUUGGUGGUGGUGCUGGAUUUGGCAGCCGAAGCCUCUUCAACCUUGGUGGAUCUAAGACAAUCUCAGUCAUCAGGGGAGCUUUUGGUGCUGGUUACUGCAGCAGCAUUGGUUGUGGAUAUGGGUUUUCUGGUGGCAGCAUCUAUGGGCUUGGUGGAGGUAUUGGUGGUGGGUCUGGGGUAAUGGGAGCUGGCUUUGGUGGAGGAAUGGGUGGCCCUGUUUGCCCACCUGGAGGAAUCCAAGAAGUGACUAUCAAUCAGCACCUGCUGGCACCCCUCAAUCUGGAGAUUGACCCCAACAUACAGAGAGUACAUAAAGAAGAGAGAGAGCAGAUCAAGACACUCAACAACAAAUUUGCUUCAUUCAUUAAUACGGUACGUUUCCUUGAACAGCAGAAAAAGGCGUUGGAAACUAAGUGGACUUUGCUUGAGGAACAGGGUGAGAACAACUUUAGAAGCUGCUUAGAAGCAUAUUUUCAGUCAUACUUGAACAAUCUGAGGAGAAGGCCAGAUAACGUGCAAACUGACAACGGGAGACUCCUUGAAGAAUGGAAUCACGUGCAAAAGCUUGUGGAGGACUUCAAGAACAAAUAUGAAGAUGGGAUCAACAUGCGUACAAUUGCAGAGAAUGAUUUUGCCAUAGUCAAGGAGGAUGUGGAAACUGCCUACAUGAACAAUGUGGAGCUAGAUGAAAGCCAAGAUAGUAACUUUGAUGAGAUCAACUUCCUCAGAGCUCUGUAUGACCAGGAAACUGCACAGCUGCAGGCCCAAAUCUCCAACACUUCCAUAGUUCUCCCUAUGGAUAAUAACCAGGGCCUGGACAGGUCCUCAUUACUGUAA